UUCUAAAGAAUGAAACAAUAUAUCCUGCGAAAAACUCGAGCUGUUAUAUUCGAAUGAAUCGCAAGGAAAAUAGAACGAUACAGACGAAUUUUGUUUACCAUAACACAACUAUGAAUACUGCUAAUUAGAAACAGUCCUUCUAAGGUUCAACCAGUAAAAUGGCCCCUGAGAUUUUGAUCAAUGGGUAGAAGUUGCCGAGAGAGAAGAAAGUUAACUGGUGUGUCUGAAGAAAAGGAGCAAAAAAAGAUACGGGAUAAGAUUUUGAAAGUAUUCCAAGCUCGGUUGUCAUCUCCAGGUCAAGGUGGGGCAUUAUUUGUUGCUGAACCAAGAAAAACUGAUAAACAGAGGCAUACAAAGAAGAGCAGGAGUAAACACUGUGUGGUAUUAGAGAAUACAAGUACAGAUGAUUCUUCUUGUGGGAGUAUGAGUGGGAGGGGAAGAAAAAGGACAAAGUCAGAGUCUUUAUCUAGGAGGAAAUCCAGAAAGUCAACUAAAAAUAAAAAAGAGGUAGAAAAAGAUACAGCUGUUUCAAAGCAUCUCAGAGUUGCACAUGGAAUAACUGGUCAGCAGCAAGCAGGUAUGAAGAAUGAUGUAAGAAGUAAACCAAAGAUGUACUCUCAUUCCAGGAUAACAGUAAGUAUGAAGGUCAGACUGUUUGGUAUCUGUGUACCUGUUUAUAUGGUAAUAACUCACUUACACUCUGCAUACAUACAAGCUUUCUUAACAUACCAAGUCUUGUUUUCUUGA